AAAGUGGUGAUUAUCUCCCUUUGCCAUGCUACACAAUAUAAUGAGGUUAAAGUUUCCAGUAAACCCACUUAAAAACAAAGUAGGGGUCUAUUACUUCUCUUUGCAAGAAAAUGAAUCCUGUGCUCAUUUGAACUUUCUUUGGAUAAAGUCACUGAUUUAUGAAUCACCUUUACUUUUCAGAUGUCUCUAUCUCAGUCAGCCUUUGUCUCUAAUUUCCUCACCUGCCAUUUUCUCUUUAAUUUCCUGUCCUGUGCUCAUCUCAGGGUAUAUGGAGCUGUAUCCACGGCGUUCACAUUGACAUGAAGAAGAAGGCGCCUGAGCUGGACUUCAGUCCUCAAGCCAACAUGCUGCACUUGCUCAAAUCUGCCAAGUCCAUCGCAAUGUCAUCACCCAAACGCAACACUGUCCUCCUACAACCCAGCAUCCUAGACAUGAUGUCAGGCAAAGGUAACUCACUCCACAGUCUGCCUCAGAAGGGUCCUGGUCUCUAUAGCAACGCUGCGGGUCCACAGGCUUUCCUGUCAUUGUCCGGGCGACAUAAAAACCAUCUUAACAAUGCUGCACCAUUUCCCGGGCAACAAAAAGCCCCGACUCUCCAGACCAGCCCCAACAAGCCCCAGCUGUCAAUCACCAAUGAUAACGACAAGAACCGCCUGGCCGGGCCUGCUAUCACUGCAUCAAAGCCACGGGCCUUAUGGAAGAAAAGUGUGGAGACGCUGAAGACUCAGCCAAGUGUGGUGUCUCCUGGAGGCCCGAGCCCCACCUCAGCUUCAGGGACUGGGCCUCCACAGAUGAAGAGUCAGCGCUACCUGCCGGAAGAGCCACAACACUCAGACAUGUCAGAGUGUUCUAGUCGACCUCCAUCGCACAAAGAUUCUGACUCUAUGGCUGCAAGGGGCGGAUUUAAACCAAUCAAUCAGCUGAGGAAGCGGGGCGGAGGCGGAGGUGGAGGUGAAGGAGGAGGAGGCGGUCGAGGAUCUAAGAUCUACUCCAUUGACUCUGACCAGGCCAGCCUCCAAUCUGUUCCUCCCUACCAGAGAGACAGCCAGGGGGGAGGUGAUGACCACAGUUACCCCCCUGACCUCUUUCCACCUGAGAGCACUUACUCACACUCACACCAGUCAGAAGCACCAAUUAUGCAGCUGAGCGCCAGCCUCCUGCACCACAGUCACAGCGCCGAGGCUGACCUGCACUCCCUAAAGGACAAGAAAUACAGCACCUACACACACAGCAAUGUAAAGGACAAAUCUGCAGGAUCAUUUGAAGCUCCUGGUUCAGUCUCGGCGAUCCAAGGCGCCAGGCCUGGUCACUGUCGCACCUGCCUGACCAAGCUCAGCGGUUACUCUGGCCUCUACACUGUUCGAUCCCCUCAAGCACGCUGUGAUGCCUGUGCCCACCUGGGGAACUUGUAUGACAUCAGUGAAGACCACCUGCACUCACACUACGCCCACACUCACCCACACAGUGGUGACAUGUUUACUCACUACCUUCCACAGAGCGAGCUUGGCCUGGUGGGCGAGGGCGACGGGCUUGUCAGCCACUUUGAGCCCACCCCAUCCUCGCCGUCUCCUCUGCCCGCUUCCCCAUCAGCCCAACACCUCCAGCUGAGUCGGCAGCACUCCUACGAGAAUGUGCUUCCAGACGGCAUUCCGGAGCGUCAGUCACAGCCUCACCCCCACAUGCGAGGACUCAGCCUUCCUGACAGGGACCGGGACAGAGAGCUGACCCUGGAUGACGGGGCUUAUGCCAACGUCCUCACAAUGCGCUCUGACCGCCCAUACAGCAGCCGCAGCCCGCCCUCUCCGUCCCCAUCCCACCAUCACAGCCUGGACAUCCCAAUGCCUAUGCCGCGGCGCUCAAAGAGCCUUCUGCCGGAUCGUCCAUCACACAACCCCUUCCUGCAUUCAGCCCCCGGCACAGCACAACGAGACAACACCUCCCAGGCUGCCGUCCGCAUGCCGCAGAAAACUUCCUCCCACGAGCUCUACAAGCAGAGGAUGCAGCUGUCCCUCACUCUCGGCAACCACGGCAGCCAUCAUGUCAACCAGCAUGGUGGUCAUGUUGACCAACAGGUGUUUUACCCUCUGCAGGACCCUCCUGUGGUGGCCUACAUGGUUCCACCCGCUGCCUCACAGCCAAUGAGCUAUGUGACAGCACCGCGAGCCUCGAGUGCAGGCGGCAAUCGGCCUCGGCUGUACCGCCGCAUGCCCAGCAUCGAGUCUGAUGUCUGAGAGUCACAAAUAACACAGCUUUACUCUCACCAAACACACAAGCAUGCAAGGAGAAGGUGUGUGUGGCUGGACCUGGCAGCUCUGGUUCUAAGCACAUAUGAAGAUACACACACACGCAGACACACUCAUGGGGGAAAGACUGAGCUCAGCAGUGGACCAAAGGGAUUAACAGUGAAACAGAGUAAAUACAUUUCUUUAUGAAAAGCCUCUGUAGGGCAGUAAAGGGGCCACAGGGACACCUGGAGGCAAAGUUGUAAAAUGAGUAGUGUGUGUGUGUGUGUGUCUGUGUGUGUACUAGCCGGAAGCUGUGGGCAGCGGGGUACAAACUGACAAUACUUCUAACUAGACAGAUGGAACUCCUUGUGGAAUAAGUGGGACACUGUUUGCAGAAUCUAACACCAACAGUGGGAUCUAACAAAAAAACAAGAAAAUAUUAGGAAGACGAGCAAACCCAUCCCAUCCUCUCUGAGUUAAAGGGUCAUAGAUGAUCCCCUUUUACCUGAGAUUGCACACAGACAUACACAUCCAUACACAUUUCACCCCAACAGUACCCACCCACCCUUCCUCUCCAGGACUCUCCUGUUGCACUAUAAUUUCUCCUCCUGUUAACACGUUUGUUGUCUGAGCCUCCAAACUGCACUGCCAGCAUGGCUUACAGAGUAGUUCACUACCAAGUAAUCCUUGACUUGAAUCAAAAUUACUAUCUAUGUAAAAGACUGGAAGGCAGGCGGGAAGGUGUUCGGGAAACCAAUCUUAGAAUGAAGCUCCUGCCUGCAGAUGUACAAACACUUGAACACACACACACAAACUAAAAACAGAUUCUGCAUUUGUUUUUUAUGGGAAAGCUGAAACUUACCGACUGUUUGUUAUUGUUGAUGUCAGUUAAUUGAACAUUCCAAAAGGUGGACCAAACUUGGCCACCAGAAGAAAAAAAAGAACCUCUCAGGAUGAUGGUGUGUGUUCCUGAGUUUCUAAAUCUAACAGACAAAGUGCAGCAUCCUUGCUUCCUCUCUUAGCUAGCCUUCAGGUCUUACUGCAUGCUUCCUACUGCCCUGUGUUACACUUAAACUCCUUAUACAGGGUCAUAUAUGCACAGGCACUCACACCCGCACAAACACAAGGUACAUGCACAUUAUGACAUAUACGCACAUGUGCAGAUUCGCAGUAGUCUAGUAGAAUAAGGUGGUUGUGUGCGUGCGUGUGCGUGUGUGGGCGUGCGUGUGUGUGUGUGAAGCUAUGAGAUAGCUUCUCUUUGUGCACUUUGUAGAUUUUAUAUCUCUGCCACCCACACAGACAUUUGACCAAAAAACACUUUUAUACGGAAAAAUAUGAAUAUUCUCAGUCACUUGCUGGAUAGAGGUUUUCUUUUUCCUCUUAUUUCUUUUUAACGGAUUUUAGGGUACGGUGUAGGGCAGAGCUCUUCCAGAAUCAAACGUUUUUAGCAUUCGACAAAGGGUUACAAUAUCAUGCAUACAAUAAACACAACACAAACACUUUUCUCUUCCUUUGUCUACUUUAAUGGAGCUCAUCCCUCCUUUGAGCCUUUUUCCGCUUUCCUAAUCGGAUGGUUUCUGUUUAUUCUCUAUUGCUUAUUGCUCUUCCCCUGCUCCCUGCCGUAGAGUAGAUAAAGUAUCAAAAGAGUAAAGUUCAGUCUUGGUGUUAAAAAAAAAAUCAAUUUUUGAUGGAGAUCACUUAAUAUCAGUAGUUGUGAGAGAUCAUCAGAGUCCGCACUAUUUCUCAUAGGAUGCAGUGUCCUGUUCUGAUACCUUUCUAUGUAAAAGAUAAGGACUUGCAGACUUUUUUAAUGUAUUCGUAGUGAACGUUUAGGCAGAGUGCAUCUUCAGGUGCAGGUUUUCGUCAUCAAAAUUAUCGUUAGAGUAGCUGGUAUGGUACUGGAGUACCCCUAACCUGGAGAGAGCGCUGUGCUGCCUUUCAUCCCAGAGAGGAAAACGAAAGAGACUUGUUUCAGAAACAGCACACAUACACACAAGCACACACUCGACAGGCCGGCAAUGUGCAUAUGAGUGUUUUAGAAAUCCAUAACCUACCAAGCAAGGGCAUUGAUUUUUCAGCACAAGGAUUUUGAUAGAAACAAGAAUUGAUGUCCCAUUAGCUGAGUGUCUGUCUCUAUUCUCUUUUUUGCUCUUCUACUCUCUCUCUCUCUCACGAACAACCACACUCACUUCUAAACAAAACAUAAGUGACAAAUGUGACAAACAGAGAACGCAGGACAUUUUAAUAAAAAAAGAGAAAGGAAAAUGCACCUUUGAAAGGUGAGUGCUGCCCCUAUUUUGGUAAUCUUAAUAGGUUUGUUUUGUGAGUUAUAUACACAAUAUCAGGUUGCAAUAUUAUACUUCUGUACAGAGAUUUAUUUUGGUUUGUUUUAACUGUUUGGAAAUUCUUUCAUUUGUUUGAUUUAAAUGGUAUUAAAUAUUGAACGCAUUUGAAAUACAAUGAAAUACAAUA